CUCAUUGGCUGCUGCCGGCUCUUUUGUAAAAACGUCCUGUGAUUUGAGGAGGAGGGAAAGUUCAAACCUUUAGCAACAGAAACGGUAAACAAAAAAAAAAAAAUAAAAUCAGCUAGCAGCUAGCUACAAUGAUCAGACAAGCGAAGGGUAAAACCCCCCGCAGGCCUCCUCCAAAAAAGCCUUCCAGCAACCAGAAAGACCCAGUUGGGGUGUACUGCCGUGUACGUCCUCUGGGUGUGGAGGAUGAAGAGUGCUGCAUUGAGGUGAUCAGCAGCAGUACCAUGCAGCUGCAUGCCCCUGAAGGCUUCAAAACAAACCGCAAUGGGGAGUAUAAAGAGACACAGUAUUCCUUCAAAAAAGUCUUUGGGGUUUCAGUAUCUCAGAUGGAGCUGUUUGAGUAUGUGGCCAAACCUUUUGUUGAUGACCUCAUCCAUGGGAAAAAUGGCCUGCUCUUCACUUACGGUGUGACUGGAAGUGGAAAGACGUUCACCAUGACUGGCUCUCCAGGCCAGGGUGGACUUCUACCUCGAUCCCUCGACAUGAUUUUCAACAGUAUAGGCCCCUACCAGGCCAAAAGAUAUGUUUUUAAGACAGAUGAUAAAAAUGGUAUGGAGGUCCAGAGUGAAGUCGACGCUUUGUUGGAGCGCCAAAGGCGGGAAAACAACUUGCCUGUUCCUAAAACGACCUCUUCAAGACAAAAGCCUGAUCCGGAAAUUGCUGACAUGAUUAAGCCAGAGGAGGCUUACAAAGCAGAUGGUGUGGAUGAGGACAGCAGCUACAGCAUCUUCGUCUCCUACAUAGAAAUCUACAACAACUACAUCUAUGAUCUCCUGGAGGAAACUCAGGAAGAAGCAAUCAAACCAAAGUGGAAUGGUGGAGGCACACCUGUGCGCCAGAACACUGAGUUCAUACCACCUCAGUCUAAAAUCCUCAGAGAGGAUCAGAAUCACAACAUGUAUGUGGCUGGUUGUAUGGAAGUCGAAGUCAAGUCUGCUGAGGAGGCAUUUCAGGUAUUCUGGAGAGGUCAGAAGAAGAGGAAGAUUGCAAACACCCGGCUGAACAGAGAGUCCAGCCGCUCCCACGGUGUGUUCAUUAUUAAACUGGCUCAGGCUCCUCUUGAUGCAGAUGGCGACGACAUUCUCCAGGAUAAGAGCCAGGUGAACGUCAGUCAGCUAUGCUUGGUGGACUUGGCAGGAAGUGAGCGCACUGGUAGGACGGGGGCAGAAGGCACUCGUAUACGUGAAGCAGGUAACAUUAAUCAGUCUUUGCUGAAUCUGCGGACGUGCAUUGAGAUACUUCGAGAGAACCAGAUGUGUGGCACAAACAAGAUGGUCCCCUACAGAGAUUCUAAAGUAACCCAUCUGUUCAAGAACUACUUUGAUGGAGAGGGAAAAGUCAGAAUGGUCGUUUGUGUCAAUCCUAAGGCUGAUGACUACGAGGAAACCUUGCUGGUGAUGCGGUUUGCAGAGAUGACUCAGGAGGUGGAGGUAGCUCGGCCAAUGGACAGGCCCAUCUGUGGCUUCACUCCAGGCCGCCGUAAUAGACACCACGCCUUUAAAGAGGAACUUUCUCGCAAGCUGGAGGAGCUCGGCGGUCCAAUAGACGGGGACGUGCCCUCUGCUAUAAACCACCUGGUGAACAGCCUCCCACCUCUGCCCUCCUCUGAGCUGAACGACCCUCACGAUGACAUCACCCUGCCCAGGCUGAUUGAAGCUCUGCAGAAUAGACACAGGAUCAGGCAGAUGAUGAUUGAGGAAUACAACAAAGCAGCCAACACGAUGAAGUGUAUGCUGCAGGAACUGGACAACAACCUCAUUUCCAAGGAAAACUUUAUUCAUGAACAAAAUGGCAAACUGGUACAGAGAGACAAACUCAUCCAGACCAACAAAGCAGAGAUUGAAAGCUUGGAGAAGAGAACCAAGAUGCAAGAACACAAGAUUGAAAUUCUGCAGAAAACAACUAAAAUCUAUGAGGGUGACAAGCGUUCAUUGCAGCAGGAGCUGGAGACCAGAGACCAGAGGCUGCAGAGGGAGCUGUCUGAGAAGAGACGCAUGGAGCAGCGCAUGCACGGUGUGGUCUCAGACACCCAGUUUAAGUGGGAGAAAGAAUGUGAGAGACGUGUUAAUGCAAAGCAGCUGGAGAUGCAGAACAAGCUCUGGGUGAAAGACGAGAAGCUGAAGCAGCUCAAGGCCAUCGUGUCGGAGAGCAAGACAGGUCGUCCUGAUCCUCCUUCGCGGCAGACGCAGCCUCAGCCUCGGCCUCAGCCUCAGCGGCCUUCCAGAGAGGACCGCCUUCCUGCAAAGAGAUCGGCCUCACCCUCACCUGUCCCUUCUUGCCACUCUGCUCCCCACUUCCCUGUUGAUUCUCCCCAUGUCAGCCCAGAGCCAGAACCAGGGUCACAGCCAUUCAGUGCCACUACAGAUGAGGAGGUUCAGACGAACCCUAGGCCCACCUAUCCCAUCUCAAGUGCCAGUAGCUCUUUGUCUGUGGCUAGCUACGUCUCCACAUGGGAGCAGCGGGCAGCUCAGGACGGCAGGCAGGGUUGCUUUUCACCUAGUACACCCUCAAGGACACAGUCCCCAGCAGCCCCUUCAGCCAGCCGGGCCAGGAGGAGAGCUCUGUGUUGGGCUAGAGAGGAGGAAGAAGUUUGCUCCCCAUCCCCUACAUUUCAUCUAGACUUAAUUGAGAGAAGCUACAGGACAGCGACACCGGUACGCCCGCUGCACCGUCGUUCCCGGUCAGCCGGCGGGGAGAAGUGGGUGGACCACAAGCCCUCCUCCAACCUGGACUUGGGUACAGUUUUGCAGCCAGUGAUCCCCAAUGCUAUCCAGGUGUCUGCACCCAGCGAGAAGGCCCUGUCGAAGUGUGACAGAUAUGUGUUAACGCACCAGGAGGUCGCCUCUGAUGGUGAGAUCCAGACCAAACUUAUUAAGGGUGAGGUGAUUAAAACCAGGGGAGGAGGACAAGCUGUCCAAUUCACUGACAUCGAGACUCUAAAACAGGAGCUCACCACAGUCCCAAGCCGCAAGAGGAAAUCUUCAGAAGGCGCUCCAGCCAACGGAGAUCGAACAGAUGGAGCUUGGACUGACGUGGAGACGAGGUGCUCUGUGGCUGUGGAGAUGAGGGCUGGAUCAAACAUGGGUCCUGGUUUUGAGCAUCACGGGAUCACCAAGCGCAGAAAACCCUAAAAGCAGUCGACAGCUGCUCCAGUGAUCACUCCCCUCAUCACUUUCCUCACCUGGCUGUUGUGCAAUAGUCUAACUUUUUCUACUUAGCUCUAGUGAUAAUAUUUAAACAUUUUCCAUGCCUUUUUAUAUAUGCAAAAGUGUAUAUACAUGGGUCACCAAAGCCAUUUUGUAUAAUAUUUUAUAUGUUGUAUUUGAACCAACAGAAAACACGUGUGUCUUGAUUUAGUCGAGGAUGGUGGCAAAUAUUUAGUUAUUAUAGCCGAAAAGAAUCUUUGCACAUUUUGUGUAACAUAGUCACAUUUGUUACAUGGCAUAUGAGGAGUCAUUGUGAAGCUGCACUGAUACUGAUUUUUUUUUUUAUUAUUAUUAUUUUUGUCCACGACAUGCUGUUUCUGACUCUUGUUUGGUGAAUUAUAUUGAGCUUCAAGUAGAGAAAAAUCCAGCUUGUGAUUUUCUUUCUUUUAUAUAUAAAACUGAGCUCCUCUGCCUUCACUGUACUUGCAGGAAUAAAAUUCCUUUAAACAC